UCCCACAGGUAUUGACUAGCGGGAAGUGUCGAUCCUAGCACAGUGGAAAGCUUCUGUUAUUCGAGGCUCGUCAAUAUCCUUCAGAAUGUAAUGUCUGCAUGCGUAAAUCAGUGCACAGCUUAUAUGGAAUAUUAACGUUAACGCAAAAAUGGCUGACGAUGUCGGCCAUGUUGAUUCUCCGGAGCGUACCCGUAAUCCGUCUCCGCCUCCAGAACUGCGCAGCAACACUGAUCUGUUGGAGGCGGACUCCAUCAGUAACACAACCUUUCAGUAAACACUGGCUUUUCUCUACACUCAUGAAGCUUAUAGAGGAGGUAGAGAAAGAUCCUGAGCAGGGAGAUGAGGAUGCAGAGUUUGGACUUGAUGUGGAUGAAGAACUACAGAAUGAACUUUGCAAGCUUUGGGACAUCUCCAUGAAUAUGGAUGUUGCAAGGUUCUUGCAAGAAUUCAAAGCCAUAGAUAUACUGAUCAGUGUCAUUGGGAAGUCGAAGGCACCAAGAGUCACGGAAAUAUGUGUUGGUAUCCUUGGCAACAUGGCAUGUGAUGAAGAAAUCAGCCAAGUGAUGUCUGAAAAUACACAGCUCAUAAAUUUGAUACUCAUGUUGUUUGAAAACAGAGAUCCACCAACUUUAGUUGAGACAACUAGACUGCUGUACACAAGUCUAUCCAAGUCCUCCACAAGUGGUCCCUGGAUUACAGCUGUUUCAGAGUCAGAGGAAAUCCUCAACAAUCUCAUUUUUAUCCUCAACAGCUCAACAAAUUGUGACCUUCUGAAGAAUGCCGGAGAGGUGAUCGACAUCCUGUUGGACCAAAGAGAAGACUUGUGUGAUGCCUGGGCCACCUCUCAGUUUGUCACGGCGCUGAUGGAGGCUAUCAAACAGAUAGGGUGUCACCACAGUGAAGCCCUGGAGAUCUACUUCCACAUAUUCCAGAUGUUUUCCACGAUGGAGAAAGGAGUGGAGACUUUGGUGGCAUGUAGCUCCGACCUUGAGGUGCCGCUGAUGAAAUACCUAGGUGUGCUUUGUGAGGACGAAAUCGUCGGCCUAGAUGGACGAGAAGCUUGCCUUGCCUCCACCCUCUCCGUACUCAACAUUCUUUUCCUAUCAGACAAUUCUGUCCAUGACAAGCUCACCUCAAAUGAAAAUUUGAUCAGAAUAUUCAUAAAGAUACUUGAACCAUUGUCACCAUUGGUACACAUGUCAAGGUCAUCUUCUUCCUCUGACGACUCUCAGGAAAGUUCUCAAGCAAGUUCAUCCUCAUCACAGACAGAAACAGGAGAAGAUAUCUCUCAAAGCGUACGCCAGAAUGGUGAACACACCAUGAGAGGUGGUGGGGAUUCCAAUAGUGACGUAGGGGGGUCCCAAGAAAGUGACCAGAAUCCCCAAUCUGCAUCAUACAGUGUCGAAUCUGACACAAAGGACAGUGAGGCAUUGACUACAAAACUUUCUGUGCUUUACAACAUCAUCAAGGGGUUCCUCUAUGAUCUGCUCUGCUCCCUGGCAGAACAAGAAUAUCAUACAGUGGAGAAAACCUUGGUAUAUCUCAAUUCCUCGUGUAGCAGAGUGCGACUUAAAUAUCUUAUAUUUAUCGUGAAAGAGAUGUCGGCCUCACCCGUGUGUGCUUUAGACUGGUUGACCGAUGCGGCCAACAUUCACAAGCAAGAGAGACUGACUCGUAUUAUUGACGAUGUCUUAUCUGGAAGAAACUUGAAUAGAACUAGAAGUGAUUCCUGUUCUGUUCAAGGAUCAUUGGGCCAGUAAUAGUUCAUAGUCAUAAUAAACAAUGGGGGCCAAAAUAAGGUAACAGUCAUUACGGAAAAAACUUUGCUACACUUCGUUAUGGAUCAGGGAUUUUCCUACAAUAGAAACAGGGUCCGUUAAAAGGACUGAUUCCCCUAAAAAAAAAAACUUGUGAAAAUUCCCAGUUUGCAAAUGAAAAAUUCCCAAUUUUGAAGUCGCUUUUGAAUGAUUAUAUAAGUAGGUUUUAUCUACAAAGACCUAUACUAAUUUAAGGUACUUUUGAAAAAUAAAUAACAGCUGUUGAUAACAAAAUGAAAUCAAAAAUAAUAUAAAGCCAAUAUUCAUCGAAGAAAAACUGAAAUUUGUAUGAAUUUUUAUGAUGUUUUAUUUUUCCCAAUGUCACAUUUUGUCGCUUAGAAAUUCCAAAUUCAAUUGACCCUGGACCCAGUUGAAAAAUUAUAGGAAAAUCCUUGUGGAUGAAAGGCAUUCAGGAUGCAUGAAUGUUUUCAAUUUCAGCAAAUUUUUAUUGACUUUCAAUAUGUCAAAUGGAUUGGACAUCAGGUGAAUCCUAUCUAAGUCCUUUCCAAAUGAUUAUACCAUCAAAAUAUAUAUUUGCAAGUAUUAUUCCGCAGUGGCAUCCACUGUUUCCAGUAAAGGGAGAAAACUCCGAUUUUAUUUUAGAAUGUAAAAGAAAUUCAUAAUAUCAAUUAUCAUCAUACCAUUGAUGCAGACUUACUGAUGAGCUGCCAUGCGUGGAUUCUGUGGAGAACAGAUCAUAAAGUCCCUGUGUGUAAACACAUCGACCAUGUACCCAACUGAUAUGCUUCUCCUUAAAACAUUAGGUUUAAGAAUAUUUUUAUAGAAAACUACCCUGUUCUUCUGUCUGUUGUGUCAAUACUACUGAAGAUAUAGCUUAGGUGUUCGACAUGUGUGACAAAACUUUUCUAUUUGUACUACAUUUGUGAACAUUGACCUUGACCAUGACCUUUGACCUACUUUUAAAACUAAUUCUGGAUUUCAACCCACUCAGCAUGCCAGGUUGUUUUCAGACAACUCCUGUUAAUUGUAAAAUAUUAAUAAAAAUUGGAGAGCACUCAUUUUGAUUGAAAUUCCUGGCCCUAUUUAUAUAUCACAAACUGAAGGAUUUGAUUUUGUAAUGCAGUUGGUCUAGUCAACUGAAAUUGCUUGUGUUGAAUUUCGCCCCAUCAUAUCAACCAACACAAUCAUUCGUGUUGAAUUUCACCCCAUCUAAUCGACCAACACUGUCAACACAAUCAUUCAUAUUAAUAUUGAUUAUGUUUUUCUUUUCUGUCACUAUAUGCACUAGAUCAUGGAACUUGUGCAAGUCUACUUGUAAUAUAUGUCGUAAGAUAGUUUGGUUGGAUUUGAAUGUAUCAUAAGUAAGAAUUUGUCAAUUAUGUAAAAGAUUCAACACACCAACCAACUAAUUUUUACUAUUGUAUAUAUAAUAGAUAUAUUUGUAUUUGGUGUGAAGUAAAAAAAAAUCAUACCACUAGCAGAUUAUCAAUUGCAGCAUGGAAAAUGAAACAGGUGUUUCGACUGUUAUAAAUUGAAUUAUUUGUUGAUGAUGUAUAUGCUUUAAUAUGAAGACCUAUAUAGAGAAAUUAAAAAAAAAGAAAGAAACAAAAAA